AUGGGCGCUUCCGGCCCCAUUUUUGUAACAGGAACCAUCGUCUUGACUCCUCCCAGAGGCUCGCAAUGGUACCCCUUACAGGCCAACUGCCUGUCUAUCUCUGUGUCCUCAACUGCUCCUGAGUCCACAGUCACGUCGUCAGACCAGUCAAAUCCAAUCGUCUUGCUGCACCCUCCGGGAUGGUUCCAUUACCUGAUUAAACGAGAAAACUCGCUUCCCAACCUGGCCCAUCCUGUCUUCCCAGCAUCACACCGUAUGGUUGGUCCAUCUAGACCAACUCCCAAACCCACAACCCUCCUGUGUCCUUGCACACUCACCCUCAGUUUAGUUACGUCGGCCCAGUGUGGGUGGAGAGAAGUCGAGCCAUCAAAGUCCAAUAACUGUCAGGGACAGCUCCGAAAGCGGCGAGGUCCCUGCGCGCGGGACUCGGUGAGAGGGAUAGCGGCCGUGCAUAGUGGCGAUCUCGUCGCGGGGGGGGACUACACUACUUGCCUGAAGUGGGAAUAUGAGAAGAAGGCUGCUUCUUCGGUUCCCACUCCAGCCAGUAUUAUAUACAUGCGGGAUCAGUCACGUGGGGAGCGCCACAUCACCCCUGCACACAGCCACGGCUCUCCGGGUGUCUCCGCGGGAGAUCCCAAGAGGGCUCGCUGUAAAUGCGGGGCAAGUGCGGCGACGGCAGUGGCGGCGAUGUAG